AUGAAUUUAUUUACAACAAUGGAUUUAAAAACCAACUUAACAUCAUCCAGUUCUUCGAUUGAUGCUUCAACAGUGAUCAAUAACAACAAUAUCGAUCCGAAAUUUUUAUUGUCUUCAAAUUUCGAAUCAAAUCAUUUUUUUACGGAUUCACAAGAUGAACGUGCUAAUCAUCAAAGUUUGAUUCAUGAUUGGAUGUUACCCAUUUUCUCUUUACCCUCUCCUCACCUAUCAAUACAAUCAAAUAUUAGCAAUACAAACAUCUUCAUGAAUCAUUCCAUCCCUCAUUCGACUCCUAACCCGACUUCAACUUGCUCCGAUUGUAUCCCUACAAUACCCGGAAGUAUUUCUAUCGCGCAUCCUUUAGAUGAUUCGCUCUCCACUUGUUCCACUUCAGCAGCUAAUCCUACCAUCGCAUCUCAACGAAUCCCGAAUCCUACGGCAAGGAAUCGUCAUGAAUGUGAUUGGCCCGGAUGCACUUGGAGUUUUAAGAGGCUCGAACAUCUGAAACGUCACAUGAUCACUCAUACCGGGGAACGAAAGUAUACUUGUAAUUAUCCUGGUUGUGGUAAAAGGUUUGGCCGUUCGGAUAAUUUCGCAGCUCAUUAUCGAACGCACAAUAAGACAACUCCUCGACGAUCUCGUGUUGCGGCAAAGUCGAGUAAUAAAAUUCAAUUCAAUAAUUGUAAUGAUAUAACAAGACAACUUCAAUCCGGUAAUAAUACGAUGUCAAUUAAUUUGGAGCAUAAUAAUCAUGUUGUAAGUGAUGUUUCGAUCUCACAAACUACCGUUACACGAGAACUUGGAUCGGCUUAUUCUUUCCUUUGUGAUGACUCGAAAGAUAAACGGUUUUGUUGA